AUGCUUGCAACACGACCUCGUUUCUCCAUAACGAGCUACCCACGCUACGUCGGGGCGAGCCAGGCCUUCUCGCCACUCGUACCGCAUCGCAACCUCCUCCCACUCCGCCAACACCCCGCUUCCUCCCCAGCGCCUCCCGAGCACCCUCCGCGGCCACCUCUACCGCCCACGCCGCCAGCCUUCGAACGGAGCUUGCACGCAUCACCGGCUGCGUGGCCCAAGACCCUUGCCGAGGGGAGCGGGAAACUCUCGCGCGAUGACCACCCUUUCCGUUACAAGCCGGUGACAGCCAAGGAGAGCAAGGAGGAGCGUAACAUGCGCAUCGCCGACGAGAAGGACGCAUGUAUGCGUCUCCGACUGGCGGCUGACCAUUGGUCGCUUGAGGAGGGUAUGGCUGGGGGACAGGAUGGGCAGUGGCUGGCAGCGGAGCGUUGGCGCCGUCGCGAUCGCAUUCCAGGUGGCCUCACGUUGGUGCUCACGCAUGCGAAUGGGCUGCAAAAGGAGCACUGGAUCCCGAUGAUGGCUGAUCUGCUUGCGCGUGAACCAGGUACGGCUGGUAGCGAAUUUGGCACAGGUGCCGCACUCAAGGGCACCAAUGUCGCGGUGAACGACGUAUGGAUGCUCGACGACACACACCACGCCGCCAGCGUCGAUUUGAAUGCUGGCCGUCUCGGGCCAGCGCACAGUUGGAGCGACACGGCGCGCGACGUCAUCAACUUUAUCGAGCAUGUUCUUCCAGCCGUCCAGGCGGCCGAGGGCGAGGCGCCGUGGCAGCUCGCAUGGAACGACAAGACGGCCGGGCGUACUGCGCCGCAAGUCGUCGGUAUCGGACACUCGUACGGUGCAAGCGCGCUGGUGCAGGCUGCCAACUCGCGUCCUGAGCUCUUCUCCUCGCUCUUCCUCGUCGAGCCGAUGUGUGUGCCGCUCAUGGUGAAUUUCCCCGACAAGGGAUACCCCCUCACUGCGGGCGCGUUGAAGCGCCGCUCACACUGGCCUAGUCGCGAGGACGCGGCAGCAGUGCGAACUAACCCGUUGUUCAAGACAUGGGACGAGGGGGUUUUCAAGACGUGGCUCUCACACUCGCUUGCUCCGUCGGACCCCGCCCAGCCGGAUGGAGCUGUCGAGCUCGCCACGCCGACAUGGGCUGAGGCUGCCGUCUUCUCCGACCCCCACUCCACCCUGCGCGGAUGGGACCAGCUGCCCAACCUCGAGAUGCCGACGGGCUUCCUCAUGGCCGGCGACGAGGUGUGGAUGGCGGGCGAAAAGUUGGCAGGAGAGAUGGUGUGGCGGUCCAAGCGGGCACGCAACGAGCGUAUUAUGGACGCGACGCAUCUCCUCGUCCAGGAGAAGCCUGUUGAAGCAGCUGCCUCCUUGUGGCGCUUCCUGACCACUCUGGAUGCCGAACGCCUAUCUCUCCCCUGUAUCUAUGCGAGGAAACGACGCCGCACGCGUGCAGCACUUGAAGCCGACGCCGAGGCCUCAAGCCCAUCGCGACCUGGCCGACAAGCUGCAACGCCUUCGACGCCCUCUCUCCUAGCGUCUGGGCAUGUGACAGUGACUUACCUCGACCCCAGGAUUGCAAGCCGUGCUGUCACUCCCGAGGAGAGAGUGCGGCUGACCACCCCGCCAAUAAGGGACGACGAUCCCGUGACGUUUGGACUACUAAGUCUACCCGAGGCCGAGGAACUCUCUUCAAUGUUCAUGCGGCAACUGAACCCGCUGAUAAGCUUGCUCGACCCGACACUCCACACGCUCGGGUACAUGCGCGCGACGUCGCCAGCUCUCCUGAGCGCAGUACUGAUGUGCGCGGCACAGUUCUUCAGGCGUGACUUGUAUCCGUCAUUGCGGGCGCAUGCACGGUCUCUGACGGACCGCGCAACGAGCACUGGCGAGGUGUCUGUCGGUACAGUCCAGGCCCUCAUGCUCAUGUUGGCCUGGAAGGAGCCGACGGACGGGACGGGUGGGAUCAAGCUCGCCGUCGCCGUCAGAAUGGGUUAUCAGCUCGGCCUACAUCAUCCGGCGCCCCUUCCAGCCGAUGAAGACCGGGCACGCGAGAUAGCUGAUGGGACGCGGACGUGGUUUACCGUAGCAGCUUUUGAUCGGAUCAACAGUGACGUCUUUGGGCUUCCUGGCAUGGUACCGGUAUCCGAGCUUCCCGAUUGCGAGAGCUGGGCGCAAGAGACGGAGCGCUUCCAUGGCGGAGAUAUGCGGCAUGCAUGCAGCACGUCCUCGGCCAGUAUCUAUCUCGCACUGAUCCGAUUGCGGCGAAGCUACAGGUCCAUGCCGGCCCAGGUCGCAUAUGCCCUCCUCGCUGACAUCUAUACGCAGUUCGACGCGCACCUCCAUCGCUGGUUCCCCGAGGACCCGCGACAGGGCCGGUUCUCGGCGGACGAACAGGCGAUACUCAAGUGGUUCGACCUCAACCACCUCCUCCGUAUCAAGUUCCUGAUGCUGGACGUGUGUCCCCCGGCCGAGCAGGGACAGAUUGGCGCCGAUUGGCUCACACUGGCAGAGCGCUUCACGACACAGACCGAGAAGAUUGCAGCCAUCGGAUACCUGGGAUACAUGCAGGACACGAGUGUGACGCACCUGUCGACAUUUGGCGUCGUUGGUCACAAGGACGAGUUUCUGCGGCAGACACAGCCUCCAGGCGACUUUGACGCCCCGUCACUCGACGAUGAGUUUUGGAACAUGUUGUUCCCAAAUCCUGGCAUCUCGGUGUAG